CCUAACUACUGCUAUCAACCCCAAAAGUAUUAGUUCUGUCAUAUGAGAUUGUUUUUGUUACUAUGUUGUGUUUUCUGGGAAUAUAUGUUUAUACAAUUUUUUUAUAAGUGUAUUAUUUUAUUCUCCUAAAGUAUCUUUUGAACAUGAAAAUCGUUAAUGUAACUAGUUUAAACUCAAUGGAUGAUAUCAUGAAUUUCAACCAGAUUUCAGAUUUUAUGGAGAAAAACCAUUCAUCUUCAGCUAAUUUUACUAAUAAUAUCUCAAAUGAUGAUCAAAGAAAUACAUUAGUCACAACCUAUCCUUGGAUAAUAGAUUUCAGGAAACAGUGUCUUUCAGAAUUAAUGAAUAGUAGUAUGAGGAGUUUGAUGAAGUUAAUAAAACUUUAUUGUUGCAAUAUUUCAAAAUCUGUUGAAGACUGUUAUCAUAAACCAAAAAGAGCUUUGAAACUUAAAACAGAAAUCUCAAACACUCUUACAUUUUUUUAUUUUGCUUAUAAAGAAAUUAAAACACCCUUAGAGCACUUCUCAUAUCUGGAGAAAAUGUCUGAUCUUAUGGCUAUGUAUGUGGAUAUGGAAAUUAAAGCAUCUAGGAAUGGUAUUGAGAGUGAAAGGAAAGUGGCUAGCAUGAUUACUUCAUCAUUAAAACUAUACUUUGGUAAAUAUCCAGAAUAUAUCCUAGAUUCUCUGUUGAAGACUAAUCUCAUUACUAAAAGAUGCAGAGCACUUGGUGACCUCAUAUUUCGAAGGGUGCUGAGGGAUGUUCCAGAAUCUUCAUUAGAUAUUAUUACAUAUGUUCGAAAUAUUCUUGCUUAUAAAAUGUGGAAGGAAAUAAUGCAAGGAUCAAAAUUUGAACAGCAGCAAAUAUCACAAUUAGCGUGUAUGAGACUGGGGACUCCUGUCAGAUUAAAAGAAAAACUUGAAUCUAUUCAUUCUCUUCGAGAUUUAUUUCCUAUUUUGCCUAAGUCGAAUGUCACAAAUUUUUUAAUGAAAGCUAAAUUUUCAAGUCGAGAAAAAUGUAAGAUAUUUUACAAAGCUGUUGCCAGUCCAAUAGUAUUAGCUGCUUUGAAUGAUACUAACUAUCCUAUUACAAAUGAUUCUGACUCAUUCUUUUGUGAAAAGGACAGUAGCAAAGUUGAUCUGCUUCUGAACAAUUUAUGGAAAAGUUUGAAUGGCAACAGAGAUGUCAAUAGUUGUACAAUCAGAAAUAUAGCCAUGAAUACUUCAGAUGAAUUAUUGAGAAAUUCAAAUUUUAAACGGAAGAUAGAAGAUAUAAAUAAUGACAUUAAAUCAGAACCAAAGAAAAAAUCAACUGAGAAUUCAGCUGGAGAAGAUAAACAUUCUAUCAAGUUAGAGACUGAUGAUGUAUUAACUCGCCUAUCACACGAAAGUCUUUGUCAAUAUGAACACUCAAUGGAAGACUUUUUUCAUGCUGAAGAAGAACAUAAAGAUAUAUUGAGUUGGAAAUCUGACUUGGACAUAAAGAAGGAAAAAGAAAAUUAUAUUAUGAAGGAAGAUAAAUCAGAGGACUUUGAUACCUCUGAAUGUUGUACGAAUUCUGACCUUGAAGAUGAUAUUAUCGGUUCUUCAAAUGAAUGUUUAUUUGAUCUUAAAGAAGAUUUAAGUGUUGUUGAAGGUGAGAAAGGGAAUGACGGUGAACAUUCUUCCAGUCUACCUCUUAAAAAGAGAAGAGGGUUUCCGUAUAAUAAAUAUGUUAAAAAUGAUAAAACUGAUAUGACAGAAAUGAUUAGUGGUGAGCAGGAAGAGAGAAAGAUGAUUUUCAAGACCCCUGCCCAAUUGAAAGCAUUUAAUAAUUCCUUUAAUGAAUCAACUGAUCUAAUUAACUUAGCUCUCGGAUCCCGUAUGUAUUUCAAACAAAAAUCUGUUAUUCUUAGUAUUGAUAGUUUGCUUGUUAUGAAAAUUUUAUAUUUGAAAAAUCUCAAAAAAAAAAAAAGAAGAGCCUAAAUCAUUUGAAGUGUUCAAAUAAUUUAUUCAUUCAAUUAGUGGUUUAAAAACCAUCAUGACUAUGUCAUAAUAACAAAAUUAAAAGUGAAAUUUCUAAAUAUAAUAUCAAUUUCAAUCCAUUAAAGUUUAGGAGGAAAUUUAAUUGAAAAAAGAAUCGCACAAUCAAGACAAAAUUGACUGCAAAAUUGAAAACUGAUGUAUCAAAUAAUUAUUUCUCUCUCAUUCAGCUAACUUUAACUCCAAAUGAUUAAUUUUGCUGAAAUUAAUUUCUAAUGUGAUUUAAAUCCCUACUAGAGAUUGAUAUUUGUUAUAUAAGUUCGCAAUGUCAUAUUUUUUCUCUUACAUUCUGUCUGUUUAAUGAAGUCAAACUUUUGCUAUCUUUAAAUUAACUUAGUAACAAUAUUUUUUUUUACUUCCAUCUUGUCUUUAAUUUUAUUUUGGCUUAUUUAUUCUUUGCAUAAUGGAAAAGCAUGAUACGUUUAUAUUUUAUUUAAUUCAAAUGCAUCUCAAGAUUUUACAAUUAAUUAUAGUUUUAAAAGGUUUCAUUUCUAUCCAUUAUUUUUAAUUUUGGUGUUUUAAAUUAUGUUGUGUUUAAGAAAAGAUCAUCAGAUCACCAAUUUUUGUUCUUUAUUUUGACAGCUUCAUCUAUCCUCUUCAGUUGUAUUCCCUGAUAAAUUUCGCUGAAAUAUUGGUUAACAUUUAAUGAAACACUGCUAUUGUAUAUUUUAUUUUGACUGUCUCAAACAUCAUUACUUUGUUUUUCAAAGGAUAUGUCAUCGAUAAUGAUUAUUGAUCUUAUAGCGUUAUGAAGUUAAAUUUUUUAUUAAUUUAUAAACACCCAGGCACUUUAUUUAUCCUUGAAAUAAUCCAAGUAUGCCUCAAAGAAAGAAGAAGUGGGAAGAAUGAAUGAAGAUAUGAAAAUUUAAUUCAAUUGGAUAUUUGUUCUUAAAUUUUUUAAAGUAUUGUAAAAUUUAAAUGUUAAAGGCUUUUGAAAUAUUUCUGUGUUCGUAUUUUUUUUAGUCAGUUAUUUUUUUACAUUCCUAUGGUUUUUGAACUUAUAAUUUCUAAAUUUUCAUUGAUAUGGAUAAUUUGAAUUUUUUUUAUUAUAUUUUGGCAAAAUGUCAAAAUUUUAUAGAGUUUAAUAUAAUUUUAAUGCAAUAAAUAAAAUAUUUUAUUUUUCUGCAAUAUAAUUAACCACAGAAAUCUAAGUGGAUAUCACCUGCUUAAUAAUAGAUUAUUAUGGAUUCACUGUGGACACUACUGUGUUUUACAGAUUCCAUUUACUCUGAUCAGAAUGAUCUUUCCUAUCCAGUAAGAAGAGAAGCAGAUUCUGUAUCUGAAAAUUCCUCUCAACCCGUGGUCAAAAAGAAAGCUAAGCCUUCAUCUAGAAGAGGAAGAAGAAAAGGUCGAGGGAGAUCCAAAAAAAAGAACUUAUGUCAGCAGGUUGAAGAAUCAAACAGGUUACUUGAUGAAUUGACCACCACUGCUGGCUUCUUCAAGUAAAAGAAGAGAUAAUAUGUAGCAGAUAUGUUGUUUUCAUUUUUUAGUGUAUAUUAUAUAAAAAAAUUCUGUGUGAAUUUUUAUUUAUGUUUUAAAUAAUUAUUUUAUGAGAAAUAAUUAUCUUUGAUUUUUAUUUGCUGGCAUCGUGCUUAGGAUAAUUAUUUGUGCUAAUGAUUUUUAUACUUUUAAUACUUGUGAAUAUUAUAGAAUCACCAUUCUUUACUUUCCUUACCACCUCGAUGGACAAAUAGGCUGACUUAAAAAUGUAAAUAUAUUAUUGCAUUUUAAAAAUAUACCUUAAUUUGCACUGGGUCAAAUAUUCUGUAUCUGGUUUUCAACUAAUCUUAACAUUUCAGAACACCUUGAGCCAGAAAAAGGCAUUUUCAGCUAUUUGUCUGUUUGCCCAGCUUAAACCUUUAACAGAUUGCUCCAAUUCUCUAGCUUUUUGGGAGAAGGGAGGGGUAUUAAGAUGUAUAAGGUGAAGACUUCCCAUGGCUUGAUACAGCAAAUACAGCAUUUUUGACUUAUUUUUAGUUUUUGAAUAAAGAUUUUAAAAACACCUUUCGAGGCUAAGGUACAUAAAACAGGAUCUGUCGAUAUAGUCCUAUAUAUUUCUGUUAUACAGAAUUUGAUUAGCCAUACGUCAUGUUCUUUAUGACAUUGAUAAUGCAAUAAAUAUUAAUACAUUGGCAUCAGUCUUCGAGCUGAAAUAACAUGUUUUAUGUGACUGAGCCUUAAGAGUUGUUUUUAAUUUUUGUUUAAAUGGUGUUUGAAUUAAAAAAGGUGGUCAGGAAAGUUCUAUGAGUGGAUUACACAAUAUAUUAUUAUAAGAGGUUAAUAAUUAGUUGUUUAAUUGCUUAUUAUGUUUAUAUAUGUGUCAUAAUAUAUGCUAAUAAUCAAAGUCAUUAUGUAAUUUCGGAUUAGAAUCUAUGUAUAUCAAUAUUUGUUUAUGAUCUGAUAAAAACAGUCUUGUUUAAUAGCUUUGUGCUGUUCUAAUUUAAUAUUUUCUGGAGGGAAAUUAGUUCUUAAACAUAAAAAAAAAUAAAAAAAAAAACUCCCAACUAAAGUAAGACUUUACAUAAAAGAAAAUGAUCUCUUACCAUUAUUAUUUUAUUUUAAUUAUAGUAAAUAUAUUUUCACUCAGUUUUCAUGUUUUGUAUCACUAAUUUUUUUUGUUGACAAUGUUUGUAUUUGAAUUAAUUCAUUUAUCAUACAUCUUUGUGGGAGUAACAAAACUGACCACUUUUUAUUUAUUAUUUUUUGUCGUUUCCAAUCAACUAAUACUUUGAUGCUAACUGUAAUAAUAAGGAACAAGUCUUAUAAAACAAAUUAAGAAUGAAAUUGAUACAAGACUUUUGACUACUUAAAGCCUGCUUUCAGAAUAUAACCAAUUUCCUCAUAAAAAGAUUCUUAAUGAGCAAUGUAACAUUAGUGCUUCUAUAAUUAUUUCAAUUAGACAUAUAUUUUUUAGGCUUUCAUUCAUUGUUUAUAAAUAGUAAACAGGAUAAAUACCAAUUUUGUUCUUAUUACUUGAUAAUAUAUUAAGUAAUUAUGGUUUCUUGAUUAUCAUAUAAUGUAAUAUUUUGUUUUAUAAAUUUUAGAAGGUAAAAAAUAAACUCUGAUCAUCCAGGGUCCAGUCCAGUCCCCUACAAAUUUAAGAUUAUGUACAAAUUUGUUAGUUAUUAUUGCAAGAAUUAAUUUAUUUUUUCUUUUUGUAUUAUAUUAUAUUGUGUACAUAUCCAUGAAGAGAAAGCUCUCUAUUAAAUAAGUUUCUAUUAUUAAAUGUUAGUGAGGUAUGACUUGCUUGUCAAAUGUUAGUGAGAUAUGAUAAAAGUUUAUAAAAUAAUUGUACCUUAUUAUAUUUUUUAUUAUUCAUUAGUAAAGAUAAAUGGUUUAUAUGCAGUUGAAUUUUCUGGUUUUGCUGCAGUUCAUGUGAGCUAGUUGCAUAAAUCUUAUGAUUCAUUUAUCUCAUUAUGCAAGGAUUCCAAAUUUUAUGUCAUUGUGUCACUCCUUCAAGUUUUCACAUGACUGGGUAUACCACUAUCUGCAAAGUUAUUUUCUAAACUUUAUUUCACAAACAAAACAAUAUUAAAUUUCAUUUAAAUCCUGAUUAACCAUUUUCUUUUGAAUGGAAUUUCAAUUUAGAUAUUUAUGUUCUAAUUUAAAAGGUUUGUCAUAAUAAUUUUAAGAUAUUAAGAUCCUAUUUAUUUAUUUAGUGCAUUUUUUUUUUCAUUUACUCCUACCUUGCCACUUCUGGUUUAUGGAGAGGUUGCUCUAGAAGGACAACCAAAGUUAUUCUAACCAGAGCGGAAGGGAGGGUCGAGAUUCAUUCUCUAGGCCUGCCACGAAAUAAAUUUUAAUCUGCCCAGGCUGGAUUCAAGCCAGCACCACUAGACUCAAAAAUGAUAAGCUAGCAAUGCUUUAACAUACUCGCCUACCACAGCUUCAACUAUUUAGUACCUACUUUAAACAUGUUUAAUUUUUUUUUUUUUUAGGCAUCUACGACUAUAUUGAUUUAUUAUAUGCACUUUAAUUAUUCCUCUCCCAUAUUCAUUCUUGAGAAUUAUUUCCGAGAUGGUAUUUGGAUCUAUAUUCGAGAAAAUACGGGAUUUUCCAUCAUUUUAGAUAUUAAUAAAGUAUUAAAACAAAUUGGAUUCCAGUAAAGGGAAAAUAAAAAAUUACUUGUCAUUGAAUUUCAAUUCACUGUUCACUUGAUUUGUCAUAUAAAGUUAUUUUUUACGUUAAUAUUAGUUUCUCUAAUUACCCAUAUAAAAAAUAAAAAAAACUAAGAUAAGAUUUGGUUAAAAAAACAGUAUGUCGACCUCUUUGUUAGUGCCAUUAUUUAUUUCCACCAUUUGAUUCUGAGUCAAAUCAUAUUAAUUAAAUAUGAUGGAUGAAUGCAUAUGGAUUCAGCUGUAAAUAAAUUAUUUAUAAUCUUCAUCUCUCUCUUUGUUUAUUUUUAUUUUGUAUAUAUUUAUAUUUUUUUACUCAUUUUUUGUUAUUUCAUGUGCUUGGUGUAGUUUUAAGUUUUAUUAAUAUUGUAAUGACUGUUAAUUAUUAAAGGAUAAAUUAAAGUUAUGAUCUCAGAAAAGAGAAGUUGAAUAGGAGUUACCAUUAAACAUAGAUUAGGUUAUUGAUAGUCCUUUUUUUUCUUGUACUUUAUUAUAUAUAUUUUUUUUUUCACCAUAAUGAAAUUUAAUUUUGUAAAUUUUAAUUAUUGUUUUAUUAUAUUUUAAGCAUAUUUGUUAUUUGCUUAAUUGUAAAAUUUAAAAAUAAAUGCAUUUAUUUUAUGG